AUGCAGAAGCUUCUGAGCAAAUGCUUAAGUGGCAGGAACUCGGACGAUGGAGGCAUCACGGAGGAAGGACUUUUACAAACAUGUAAAAUUGCAAUAGGCUUGGGAAACAAUAAAGAUGAGGUAAACUGUAUGAACAUUGAACACGUUGACAAUGACUUUUUGUGUGGGUUUGAACAUUACGCGAAGAAGAAUUCCACAGAAGCCAUACGAAUAAGUGGACGGAAUGCAAACACAGGAUCAUAUAUGUCAAACUUGAAUGAGUACUGUGAGAACCAUUUUAAUAAAAUGUUUAAUAUAGAGUAUGUAGAUUAUCCGUUAUCCUUUUACCAAGUCAUAUUUUUAAACUUCUUCAGUUCAUUCACGGAAAAGGAAGGGAGAAAAAAGAAGGAAAAAAUGUCGUGGGAAGAUAACAUAUAUGUAAUGAACAGAUUUUAUCACAAAAUGAAAACGCAAAAGUACAUCCUGCUUCAUAAAGCUAAUUCAAUUCCUCAUAAGAAGAAAAAAAAAAAAAAUGUGAAUUACCAAAAUGGGGAUGCAUUCCUGUGUAGUGACAACAUGAUCGCCAUAGCGGAUGGAGUUUCUUCCAUUAAAAACAGUGGAAUAAAUGUAGGGAAUUUUUCAAAGGAGCUUUUGAAAAAGUGCUUAAAUUUGUAUCUACAUAGGUGUGUCAAUAGUGCACUAUUUGAGGAACAAAAUCGGGUCGUGUUUGACCACUACAGCAUCAAACACAAAGAAGAGGAAGUGCUCAAGCCAAUUGUAUGUAGAAGCGCGUGCUCGUCUAACUUUUUGGGAGCCUCCACACUAUUGCUUUCAUCUGUGGAAAAUGAAAAGCUACACAUUUGCACAGUUGGAGAUUGCCAAAUGUUGAUACUACGAUUUAGAAAAAAUUGUCUUCCAGAUAAACGCAUCCGAGCGGUGCACAGUAAUAUGGGAGACAAUGAACAUUUGGGAAAUUCAUCCAAACGAGAGAGUGCUCUCGAGGACACGCUGCCAGAUGGUACUUAUGCAGAUAUGUGUAAUGGCGUCCCCGAUGAGGAGACUUAUGGGGACCCAUUGGAUGAGACUGAGCAGGGUUUUAAAUCGAUGAGGUAUAACUCGCCAAAAAACCCCGCUCUUAGUACGCCUCAUGUGAAUAGUAGCAAAAACGUUCCUCUUGACCACACUGCUCAGGGGAGCAAAUUCAAGCUAAAAGAGCUGUAUGCACAGAGGAAGGAGCUUUACAAAAAAGACCUCCUUAGAGAGGUAAGCGGUGGUAAAGCUGCGCCGCACGAUUUGAAGUCUGUCACAUUAUGCAUGGAGGAUGAGGUAACUGCAGAUGUGUGUAACGAGUUUGAAGCGUAUUUGGCUGGUAGAAAUUACAAAAUAGGCAAUUUAAGCUUUAUUGUGAAGGAGGAAGAGGCCUGUCCCAAUGGAGCUACACCCUCUGACACGAUUAGAGGAAGCCAUUCUAAUACGAAGACGGGGUGUGUGUCAGGCCAGAAAUAUUCUCAAACCACCGAGAGUGACUGUUACGAAAAUGAAAACCAUCCUCUUGCGACAGUGAGCACCAUGGAUGAAAGUGGGCAUAGAAAUCUGUUGCGUUUUUUUGACUUGGAUAGGACGGAUAUUUCGGCCAUUGAGAAGGGGAAGGAUUAUCAAGGGGGCGUUGAGGAAAGACCCACUGAGGAGAAUAACUACGUCGAAGUAGUAACCACCAUGAACAGAAGCUGGAGUGAAGAAAAUAGCCAAAAGCGCGCCCAUGGUAACCAUUUUAAUAACUACCGAUUUAGGUGCUUUGACGCGGAUAAGAAGCACUUUGAUAUAAUUUACAAGUCGAAAGUGCAGCAACAUUAUUUUAACUGUCCCUUCCAAAUAACGUUCAUGCCUUCUACUCUGGGAGGCCGCUUGGAGAGGAAAGCGUCUAAUGGCGGAGGGAGAAUGGUAGGCACGCGAGUACCACACCCAAAUAAGUUGGAAGACGGCAGUAGGGUUAAAAUGAGCACAUAUAACGAUAUCAUAUCAAAGUGCAUCGGGUACUGCGAAUACGCUACCACUGAUGUAAAAAAUAAUGACAUCAUUAUAAGUGGCAGUGAUGGACUGUUUGACAAUUUGUACGACGAUGACAUAAUGGAAAUUUUGUUUAAUAAUUUUUACACAGUUAUGUGCAACGAAUUUGUUCAACUAAAAGAAGUCUACAACUUUUAUGAUAAGUGUAGCAGUGUAUUAAGUAAGGUGAAGAAUACCAUUAAGGGAGACUGGCACAAAGGGGAAAAUCUGGAACGCAUAUUUUCUGGUGCGAUAAAUGAGUCCUCCGAUGUGGAUAUUAAUACGGACCACGGGGAGGAGCUCAAAUGGAAAGGUGGUAAACACAAUUCGGUGGGUGGUGAGUCACCCGCUACUCACCAUUCUGAGGAGGACCGCCAUGCAAAUGUUUGUGUUGGGGAGGGGAAUAUUAAAGGCAAGAAGAUAAUGAAGGGGAGGGUGCACAAGUCGGAGGUCAUCCCAGAUGGGAAAGAAAAAGCAGAUGAUGAAAUAGAUGGAAUGGGUGAAAAUGUGGAUGUGUUAUCAGGAAAUAUAAACUCCUUCGAUUACACACAUGGAAGACGAAAUAAGGAAAACGCCAGUGAGAACAACUGGGAUGAACAAAGGAACAAAGAGAAGGAACGAAGUUACUUCUUCAGCAAAAAGUAUAAGAGCAACAUAAGUACGGCUAUGCUUCGGUUGAAAUUUCCUUCUAAAAUAAAGAGCAUGUUUUCGAUGAAGACAAAGGGAGGGAAAAGUGGAAAGGGAAUAGCGAAAGGCGAAAUGGGCGCACCAGAACGAGGCAAAGACGUACUAAAGGCGGACAAAAAUCGAAACGAAGGGCAACACCAUAAUACGGUGCCAGAAGGAAAUUUGCAUGAAGCUAAAAUGGGUGCUUAUAAUGUCUUUGUCCAGAAGAACAAACAUGAUUAUGGCGAAGACAACAACAGUUAUUCUAGACAUUCCGGGGAGUCAUUAAAUGAGAUUGACCUCAAUAUUGGGGCGUCUUUAAAAAAGGGUGACCAUUUGGGGAGUCCCUCUGCAAGUGAUGCAUAUUCAGAUGACCUCAAGUUGGACGUGGACGGUAACUCCAGAGAUGUCUGCAAUUCCAAUGUGCAUCGCAAAACACAUGGACUCAAAGGGGUAGGCAAUUGUGCUAACGGUCAGGGCGAAGAUUACGGGUUUACCAACGAGCCGACUGAUUGUCCGGAAAAUGUACGCCAUAGGGGGGCGCGCCAAAGAACAACGGACAUAAUCACAGACGAUCAGGUAAGCCUAUUGAGGAGGGAAAAAACGCACGACACGGAUAAAUGCAUAACACAGCAGAGUACACUGCUUGAUCAUUCAGAGCACGAUAGCUAUCGUACGAGUGGUAUAAAAAGGGAAGGAGAAAAGAAAAAAAAAAAAAUUAUUGUGCAAGGCAAAAUAAACUGUGGCACUUUUGCAUAUGAACCAACCGAUUUUGUCCUCUUCGACGAAAGUAACAGCAUUUACUUAAACACGAAGAAGGCGUGCGAUGAAAUUAUGCAGCUCUCCAACAUUUUAGCCAACCAAGAGGUGAACAAAACUUUGCUAAGUAAAAGAAGGAAGAAAUACAACGCGCAGAGUGCAAAUAUGAAUGGUAAAGGAAAAGAAAGCGGUACCGGCAAUGCACACAUGUAUGAUGCCUUGGGCAAAAUUAAAAACGAUAAAUAUCGUUCCAGGAAGGGUCCUCCAACCAUCUAUGAAAAGGAAACGCACUUGUUUGAUAAAGUAAACUACGAUGAUAUACAAUCAAAUAAGUCCAGUGAUAAAAUAAUUUUAACCCCCAUAUCCGAGUUCAUCUUUGAUAAGUACAAAAAAUACUUUAACAUGGGGAAGCCGGACGAUAUAACUGUCGUACUUUCCGUGGUUAAGGAGAACAAGUACAGUUAA